ACCACAAACAUAAUGGGCCCACUUCAGCACAGAGGAAGUGUGUUGUCACUCCACAGUAAGUACGCAAUUUGCUGAUUACAGUAGUCCUUUCAGAAUUCACCCAUUUCAAGAUGUGAGGGUAAUCUCAUGGGAUUAAGGGUUAAUGUAGGGUAGAGUACUUUUUCACAAUUACCUUUGUGUUAGUCUAUGUUUUAUUUGCUUAUUUUAUUUAUUUAAUUUGAUAAAACUGUGUCUGUGGAUAGCGGCAAGACGUAGGCUGAGGUCAUGUUCAACCUUUGUUUUGAUGUGUCCCAGAGGAUGGCUAAUGUAUGCAUUGUUAAAGAAAUGGAGAUUUCCCCAGAGACAGGAGAGAUUGGAGAUAGAGAGAGAGAGAGGGAGGGUGAUAAAGGAGGGAGGAGAGACUAGUGGCACAGUAAUUUAACCCUCUUUCCCUUUUUUCAUUGCUGCAUUUAUUGGAAGAAGCAGAAGACUUGGGAAGUCACACGUGGUUCAGCCAUCUUUCCAAAUCAUCUGGGCACAAACAGGACCUUAUUCUCAGACUUGUUCACACCUGAUUAGCAAGUGAAUCCUGCCUGGUCCGAGGAUGUUGGGCUGCGUAGCCGGUUUCUUCACCUAUGAAACGACCAAGUCUGUGGUGGUCAAGAGCUGGCAGGUGGGAAUCAUCUACAGAUUCGCCCAACUCCUCAUCAUCCUUUAUUUCGUUGGUUGGGUGUUUCUUCAUGAGAAAGCCUACCAGGUGCGUGACACGGGGAUCGAGUCAGCGGUCAUGACUAAGGUGAAAGGCUUCGGCUUCUAUAACGGAUCUCUGAUGGACGUUGCUGAUUAUGUGGCUCCCCAGCAGGGGGCUGCCAUGUUCUGUAUCAUCACCAAAAUGAUCAUCACACCCAGUCAGUCACAGGGACUCUGUGCCGAGCCUGACAAGAAAUUCAGCUGUGCCACUGAUGAAGACUGCACAAAACAUCUGUCCUCGAAUCUGGGAAGCGGCAGGAUAACAGGCAGGUGUUUGACUUCUGAGAAACAGUGUCAGAUAGAAGGCUGGUGCCCAGCAGAGAAUGACAACCAGACAAUGACACCCAUGAGAGAGGUGGAGAAUUUCACAAUCUUCAUAAAGAACAGUAUUCGCUUCCCUCUCUUUAAUGUCACAAGGGGAAAUAUCUUAUCCUCAGUGAAUGCCCAGAAAAUCCAAACCUGCCUGUAUCACCCAUAUAAGGAUCCAUACUGCCCCAUCUUCCGAGUGGGAGAUGUUCUUGAGUAUGCUAAUGAAAAUUUAGAUAGCAUCAUGGACAGAGGAGGAGAGAUUGGGAUUAACAUUGCCUGGAAAUGUAAUCUGGAUUUGCAUGUGAACAACUGCUUGCCCAACUAUACAUUCACACGGCUGGAUGCUCCAUUUAAACACAGUCAUGUCACCAAAGGCUAUAACUUCAGGUUUGCAAAGUACUAUAGGUCACAAAACCAGGAAGUUCGCACACUUCAUAAAGCUUUUGCCAUCCGUUUUGACAUAAUUGUUUCUGGAAGUGCUGGAAAAUUUUCAGUAAUCCCCACAUUAAUUAAUGUUGUUGCAGCAUGCACUUCAGUUGGUCUGGCAACAGUACUCUGUGACAUCAUUCUGUUAAACUUCCUGAAAGGAGCAGAACAAUAUAAGGCAAAGAAAUUUGAAGAGGUAUCAGAUUCUGCAUUUAAAUGUAAAGAAUUCAAGCAGGCGAGCCACAUAACAAUCAAAGCAGAGGAAAAGAACUCAGAUGAUUCAGGUGCUUUUUCUAUUGGCUAUCAGCUGUGAGUGAGAGGACUUCUCUGCCAAUAGGAGACUGAAAUGCCAAAGCUAUUAAUGGCAUUCAACAUUCUGACCUCAAAUCUCUUCAUCUGCAGGGCAAUGCUAUUACUGUCAACAUUUAAUUCCUCUAAAAAUUUCUAGUAUCCUCAUAACUAUCACACACAUAAAAACAAAUAUAUACAUAUAUAUUCUAUCCUGUAAAUCUUGUGUAAAAAAAAAAAGGUGGUGACAUUCACUCAUCAAAAUUCCAAGUGCUUAGCAAUGCCAACACUUAUUAAAACUUCAUAAUGUCCUAAGACUUACAGUAGUAAAGAUCAUCAGAUCCACAUUUAUUGGUACUCAUAGCUACAAGAAAAAAAAGUUACCAAACUAUAUUGUGUUUCUACAAUAUGUAAAGCCCCACACAGCUGAUUACAGACAAAAUGAAGCAGGCCAAAUGGUGAAAGAGGUCUAGCUAAGCUUCUUGCCAAGUUACUCUUAACAGCUUCUUCCCAGCAUUGCUUCUGCAGGGGUCAGAAAGCUGACAUGGUGUACAGAACAGUGCUGGCUGGUUGGCUGGCUCCUGUUCUGAACUCACAUAUGGCAGACUCAGCAUGGCACAGACACAUUUAUGUGGCCAGAAGCAGAAAAUGUAAACGCAAUCUACUUACUGCUCACUGACUGUGCACUUAGAUGCUGGAACCAUACGUAUUAGGUUUCAUUUCCUACUGUACUGUAUAGAGGACAAAGCUCAUGUUAUGUCACAUUCUGUCCCUUGAAUAUAAUGAAUUGGAAUAGCUGCAUGUUUGCAAUUAUUAUAUUCAGUGAGGUCUAUAUGCAGUUUUAGACAUCCAGGACCUUUAGACAUCCAGGACCUAAUAUUUUAAUGUAUUAAACUAAAUAACUUAAAAUAUAGCACAUACCACCCAUACCAAAAAUCAUGAAUAAUAUGCACAUUUAUGAAGAUACAUUUUAUUGUGUUCAGUGGUAUAAUUGCUUUCUUUGGUA